GACUAGACUAGAGAGUGUAGUUGUUUGUAGUUGAAAGAGGAAAGGAAGUCUGAACGGCGAUGGUGCGGUCACUGGCAGCUAGAGCUCUCAAUGAGCCGUCGCUAUCUGUAUUCAAAUUUCUACGGCGGAUCGGUACUGCUCGGCCGCAACUGCAAUCUGUUCGUGCGUUCUCGGCUCUCAUGUCGCCGCCGUCCAAGGCGGUUGUUUACGAUCAGCACGGCCCGCCCGAUUCUGUUGUUAGGAUGGUUGAGUUGCCGCCGGUGGAAGUGAAAGAGAACGACGUCUGCGUUAGGAUGCUUGCCGCGCCGAUCAAUCCUUCUGAUAUCAAUCGAAUUGAAGGAGUGUAUCCUGUGCGGCCGCCGGUGCCUGCAGUUGGAGGAUACGAAGGCGUUGGAGAGGUGUAUUCAGUGGGCUCGGCGGUGAAGGAGUUCUCGCCCGGUGAUCGUGUUAUCCCGUCUCCUCCCUCUUCCGGGACAUGGCAGACUUACGUUGUGAAGGAGCAGGGCGUCUGGCACAAAGUUGAUAAAGAUUGUCCGAUUGAAUAUGCUGCCACGAUCAUUGUUAAUCCGCUGACUGCUUUGCUAAUGCUUGAUGAUAUCAUUACUUUAAAUUCAGGAGAUUCGGUUGUCCAAAAUGGAGCUACAAGUAUAGUAGGCCAGUGUAUUGUCCAGCUUGCCCAACUUCGAGGCAUCAAUAGCAUUAAUAUUAUAAGGGACAGGGUUGGGUCAGAUGAUGCAAAGGAAAUGUUGAAAAAGCUUGGUGCCGAUGAAGUUUUCACUGAAAGCCAAUUGAAUGUGAAAAAUGUGAAGAGUCUCCUGAAUAGUUUAUCGGAACCUGCUCUGGGAUUUAACUGUGUCGGUGGUAAUUCUGCUUCUUUGGUUCUCAAAUUUCUGAGGCUGGGAGGAACGAUGGUAACAUAUGGGGGCAUGUCAAAAAAGCCUGUCACAGUAUCAACAUCAGCCUUCAUUUUCAAAGAACUCUCCUUGAGAGGAUUCUGGUUGCAGAAGUGGUUGGGCAGUGAUAAGGCAACUGAACGUGGGAGACGGAUCGAUUAUCUUCUCUCGUUAGCGAAGGAAGGGAAGCUGAGAUACGAGAUGGAGCUGGUUCCUUUUGACAAUUUCAAUGUAGCAUUGGAUAGAGCACUUGGAAAGCUUGGGAGCCAACCGAAACAAGUCAUUACUUUCUGAACCUGCCGUUCAUAAGGGAACCCUGGGAUUUGCUUGUUGAAAGAGAUAGUGGUGCACUGGUGAUUAGGUUUUGCAAGCUGAUGUCGUCACUGAUCCUCUUGGCCCAAGGCUAAUGUUUGCAAGAAACAUCGAUCUAGGAUUAUGUUUUGCAGAAGCGAAGGAAUGUGAAAGUAGAGUGAGUGUAACAAAUUGUGUCUAAUGGAAUCCAGGAAGAAGAAGAAGAUGCAUUGUCCUAAUGUAAUGAAUAAAGAGAUCAGCUUGUAUUUAGGGCUGCAAAAGAGUCGAGCUGCUCACGAGCUUAUGAGCGUGUUGAUGAGCCUCGAGCUCGAGUAAAGCUUAUGAGCUUAUUAACGAGUUGAGUUCAAAUCAAACAUGAGCUGAUGUUUCGGUAAAUGAAACAAGAUUGAGCCCUGCAUAUUUAUUUACAAGUUGAUUCCAAGCUAUGUCAAAACUUGACUCGAACCGACUCAUUCGUUGCUCGUCCUACUUGUGUUGUAUUUCGACAAACCAAUAAUUGUAGGUGAGCUUAAAAUAGCUAAUGCGCGUGGAUGAUAAUUGCACUUGAACGCAUUGGGUCGGCCCGUUGAAGUUAGUUUGCAAAUAAAUUAAAAAAUGGCAUGAUUUUAUAGCGUCUUGACCCUCUCGGUUUUCAAUUCGAGCCACUAUCUCUUGGGUGGUUUGAUUGUGACACUAGUCCUUUUUUUCGAGCUCACGGUUCGGUCCAAUCUGUAGACGUGGCAUUAUCACCCUCAUUUCAUCCUAGAGUCCUCAAUCCAUAGCUGGGUAGGGAGAGAUUGGAAAGUUCAGAUUACAAAUGUUUUUCGAGAGAGCUACUUUAUAACGGAUUACCUAACGUCGGUUGGUCAUUCUUUGUUUUAUGUGUUAUCGAUUUUGAUAAUCCUAAUCUGUCUAUACUCCUCGCUUGAAUAAUACUUAAGGGUUAAAGCGCCCCUGUGCUUUGAUUAUUAUAUAUAAAAAAAAACAGACAGAUUAGGAUCAAUCAAUCAACCCGAUUACUAUUUCCAAUAUGAUAGCCACCAUUCCUAAGGGUCUCAAUCCGGGCCAACAUAUGUGUAGGAAAAUCUGCAACAAAACCAAAGCUGAUGAGUGACAAAAAUUUCGUUUGAUAUUUCUAAAACAUAGUACAACAUAUUAAGACUACAAUAUAAGAUAAAAUUAAAAUAAUAACAUUACUACCUGCAGAAUCAUAAGCUGCCAGGACUUGGUCUGCUGGAGCUUCACGAAGUAUCAAACACCUGUUUCUAAUUUCAUGGACGUUCUCUUGUAGCCCUACAUUGCGAAAAUCAUUUACUAUCUGUUCUGGAUUCACACACCCAUCUCUCUCGAUUCCAGCAAAUAAAGUUUCAAAAUGAAUAUCAGUCCACCUAUGACCAAAAACAUGUCCAUGGAUGGCAAUGAGUCGGGUUCGGUCGGGUUUUGCCAAACCCAUGGGUUUAUCCGUGAAAAAAACCUGGGGUAAAACCCAUUGGGUUUGAAAAACUCAAACCCAACCCAACCCGGUUGGUAUCCGCGGGUUCAUGGGUACCCAUGAGUUUUUUGUCGUAAAAAAUUUACAAUAACAAGUUCCUAUCAAAAUUAAAGUCAAAUAUCAAU